AUGGACGAACAGGCGGGAGAGGGAUGCGAGCAGUCUAAACCGCAAGUUGAAAGGACGAGUUUUCAACUGUUUAAAAUCGAAAACAUAACCGUUGUCAGACCGCCUUUGUUAAAGGUCUAUUAUUGGGAAUAUUUAGAUGUUGAUAAAUUCAAUGCGAAAAUCGCUGAAGGACAACAAUGUAUUGAGCAUAAUUUUGUUAUACCCACUAGUCAGUUGAAUAGUAAGCCAUUGAAAAUUGUUUGUUGGCUUAAAAAUAUGAGUAAGGAGAAGUUGACGUUACAAUUGAAGCGAAUCAAAAACUGCGAUUGUGUCCUCAAACAGACACGAGUAGGCUUCAAUCAGUUUCGUUACCUCUAUCAUUGUCCGCACCGUUAUUUGGUUAAUAUAACACAAGAGAUGAUUGUUAUGAAUGCCGAUGAUUUGGUGGCCAUGAGCGUAAUUGCUUAUUUCUAUCUAUUCGGCACAUAUGUGCUGACAUUUGAAAUGAAGACCUCGGAUUCGCGCACAAUUCUCAUGCAUUUCCAUAUAAAUGUUGUCGCCUUUGAUCCCGUCGAUUGUAUUCUAACUCAUGAAUUGAUACCCGUUAAUAUUAAAGAUUUUCAACGAGUCGCUCAGCCGAUAUGGAUUUGCAAUAAAACAAUGCAAAGCAUACAAGUGUUGUUUAAGGGUCGCGAACGCGGUUUCCGUUUAAUAAAUCCAAAUCUGGUAGUACCGUUACUAAGCGUAUGGCCCUUAAUUGUGGAAUACCGUCCUAGCGAAUUUGAAAAUCAUGUAAUCAAUAGAUAAAUUAAAGGAACUAUUUUAGAUAUAUUUAUGAGGUCCCUUUAUCUUCAGUUGGAAUUAAGUUUGUCUUUCAAUAAUGUGCGUUAUAAAGUUCCGAUUAGCUGUAAAGGCUUUUUGACACAGCCGGAACCCGAGAA